GACGUGCGCGUUCCCGUUACGGAUAUUUCAGCUCCAGCUGUGGCCGGUGGGCAAGAGCGGCUUCCGGGGCGCGCGCCAGCCCGCGACCCCCCAGUUUUGCGGCGCGCGCCGUGCUGUUGGUUGGUGGCGCUGCCUCGAGAGCCAGCAGGACGGCACCUUCCCAGAAGGCUAGCGGGCGGCCGGGCGACUUGCUGCGUGGGGAAGCUGGAGGGGUGAGCCCUUGGUCCAGUGACGUCCGGGGCAGCGGUGGCCCAGGUCUGCGGAGAAACCUAACGGCUUUGCGGCUCCUCUGCGAGGCGGACGGAAUUGCAUGUACUCUCAAGAAUGCUGUUACUUGAGCGAGGCCCAUGUCUUAUGGGAAUGUUAGAAGUCUUAAGAACUCAGGACAUGCAGCAGAAAUACAUGCAACAUGGUGACUGGAACCCCAAGGACUCUACAAUAUGAAUAAUUCUCUGGAGAACACCAUCUCGUUUGAAGAGUACAUUCGAGUAAAGGCACGAUCUGUCCCACAACACAGGAUGAAGGAAUUUCUGGACUCACUGGCUUCUAAGGGACCAGAAGCUCUUCAGGAGUUCCAGCAGACAGCCACCACCACUAUGGUGUACCAGCAGGGUGGGAACUGCAUUUACACAGACAGCACUGAAGUUGCCGGGUCUUUGCUUGAACUUGCUUGUCCAGUCACAACCAGUGUUCAGCCACAAACCCAGCAAGAACAGCAGAUCCAGGUUCAGCAGCCACAGCAGGUUCAGGUACAGGUGCAGGUACAGCAGUCUCCACAACAGGUCUCGGCUCAGCAGCUUUCCCCGCAGUUCACCGUUCACCAGCCUACUGAGCAGCCCAUCCAGGUCCAGGUGCAGAUCCAAGGCCAGGCACCACAGUCAGCAGCCCCCUCCAUCCAGACCCCGUCUCUACAGAGCCCUAGCCCCUCACAGCUGCAAGCAGCCCAGAUCCAGGUGCAGCAUGUGCAGGCGGCCCAGCAGAUCCAAGCUGCAGAAAUCCCAGAGGAGCAUAUCCCACAUCAACAAAUCCAGGCUCAGCUGGUGGCUGGCCAGUCUCUUGCUGGGGGUCAGCAGAUCCAAAUCCAGACCGUGGGUGCCCUUUCCCCACCACCAUCCCAGCAGGGCUCACCCCGGGAAGGGGAACGGCGGGUUGGCACAGCCAGUGUCCUCCAGCCAGUGAAGAAACGCAAAGUGGACAUGCCCAUCACUGUGUCCUAUGCCAUCUCAGGGCAGCCAGUGGCCACCGUGCUGGCCAUUCCACAGGGCCAGCAACAGAGUUACGUGUCUUUGAGGCCAGACUUACUGACAGUAGACAGUGCCCAUCUGUACAGUGCCACUGGGACCAUUACUAGCCCUACAGGAGAAACUUGGACCAUCCCUGUUUAUUCUGCCCAGCCCCGGGGUGACCCUCAGCAGCAGAGCAUCACUCACAUUGCCAUUCCCCAGGAAGCCUACAAUGCAGUUCACGUCAGUGGCUCACCCACAGCUCUGGCAGCUGUAAAGCUGGAGGAUGACAAGGAGAAGAUGGUGGGCACCACGUCUGUAGUAAAAAACUCCCAUGAAGAGGUAGUGCAGACCCUUGCAAACUCACUCUUUCCAGCACAGUUCAUGAAUGGCAACAUCCACAUUCCAGUGGCUGUGCAGGCUGUGGCAGGUACAUAUCAGAAUACGGCUCAGACUGUCCAUAUAUGGGACCCUCAGCAGCAGCCACAACAGCAAACUCCCCAAGAACAGACGCCGCCACCACCACAGCAGCAGCAGCUCCAGGUUACUUGUUCAGCUCAAACUGUUCAGGUCGCUGAAGUCGAACCACAGUCACAACCACAGCCUUCCCCAGAACUUUUGCUUCCAAAUUCUUUGAAGCCAGAAGAAGGGCUUGAAGUAUGGAAAAACUGGGCUCAGACCAAGAAUGCUGAACUUGAGAAGGAUGCUCAAAACAGAUUGGCACCCAUUGGGAGACGCCAGCUGCUGCGAUUCCAGGAAGAUCUCAUCUCCUCUGCUGUGGCUGAGUUGAAUUAUGGACUCUGUUUAAUGACACGGGAAGCUCGAAAUGGAGACGGUGAACCCUAUGACCCAGAUGUACUCUACUACAUUUUCUUGUGCAUUCAAAAGUACCUUUUUGAAAAUGGAAGGGUAGAUGACAUCUUCUCUGAUCUUUAUUAUGUUCGUUUCACUGAGUGGUUACAUGAAGUUUUGAAAGAUGUACAGCCCCGGGUCACUCCACUUGGCUAUGUUCUGCCCAGCCACGUGACUGAAGAAAUGCUGUGGGAAUGCAAGCAGCUUGGGGCACAUUCUCCCUCCACACUGCUGACCACCCUCAUGUUCUUUAAUACCAAGUACUUCCUGUUGAAGACAGUGGACCAGCACAUGAAGCUGGCAUUCUCCAAGGUAUUGCGACAGACAAAGAAGAAUCCUUCUAAUCCCAAGGAUAAAAGCACAAGUAUCCGGUAUCUGAAGGCCCUUGGAAUACACCAGACUGGCCAGAAAGUUACAGAUGACAUGUAUGCAGAACAAACAGAAAAUCCAGAGAAUCCGUUGAGGUGUCCCAUCAAGCUCUAUGAUUUCUACCUCUUCAAAUGCCCCCAGAGUGUGAAAGGCCGGAAUGACACCUUUUACCUGACACCUGAACCAGUGGUGGCUCCGAACAGCCCAAUCUGGUACUCAGUCCAGCCAAUCAGCAGAGAACAGAUGGGACAAAUGCUGACCCGGAUCCUGGUUAUACGAGAAAUUCAAGAGGCCAUUGCAGUGGCCAACGCAAGCACCAUGCACUGAGAUGGCUCUGCUAUGGUAGAAGAAAAAAAACAUCCAGGAAAAACUGGAUAGACUUUUACGCUAAAGAAGAGGCCUCCAUUUUUUCCCUUUUUCUUUUUAUUGGUGUAGUUACGAAACUUUUCAGGCUACUUCUGUUAAAAUGUAAAAGAAAACAUUGCCCCCUUUGCAUCUUCAUAGACCUGUGGCAAACCACUGGUUCAUGGGGGCUCUAGAUUUUCUGAGAGCCAGAUGUCCUAGAAACUUGUUGGCUGAUCUCCCUCCCUUUCUCCCUCUCUCUCCCUCUCCCUCUCUCCUCCUCCGUCGGGCAUAGGGAAAGGGCUUGGAUCAUUUGGAGAAAUGUGGUCCCUUCCACAAGAAAGAUGGAAUUGAUGAUGGAUCAGCCCUCCUGGGAAUCUCUCCAGCUGGCUUUCAUUCUGAACUGGCAGACUUCACUGACCACAGGGAGCCACAUUCUUUUCUUCAUGCUCAGACAUAAACUUAGCAUCUUAAUGGAAGAAAAAUGAGGGGAAUUUCAAUUAUGAUUUAUUAAAGACAGUUUCUAUUACACCCUCCUUCAUGACAAGUGACAUAGAUGUUAAAAUAAAAACUUUACCAUGCCUUUUUUUUUUUUCCUGGUUUUUUUUUUUUGUUUGUUUUUUGGUUUUUUUUUGGCCUGACAUUGAGGCCUUAAACCUGAGGCUCCUGUGCCUGAUGGAAUUCUUGUAACAUACACUUGUGUAUCAUAUAAAGAUACCACUCUUUCUCUUAUGUAUUCUUAUUCUAGUUGUUUAUUAAGAAUGACAAGCACGUCUUUUCAACAA